CUUUGGUGCAGAACGCGACGCCUCCAUUACCGGUGAGACCAUGCAUGGCCUACGGAUGACUUGGGCGCUUAGGUUGACGGUAACUCGCCAGCCGACGGCCGGUUGGUGGCGAGUCGCCGACGGACUUCACGUGCCGCCAUGUGACUACGGCUGGCGGCCCCAUCUCGCGUGGGUUGAAUGGGCUACUCAACAACGACGGUCAGAUCAAAAAAUGAUGAUCAACAUCUCGUCACGAGAGCUCGAUCUAUCUCGACGUCUAACUCAAUCGACAGAAGACUCCCGACAUUGACCUAUGGACCGAGUCGUGCUGACUCACCGACCACGACAUAUUUAUUCAACGACAUCACUCGAAAUAGUUAUUCUAACUUAGUCGGAUGAUAAGUCUAUUAUAAUUUCAUAUUAAUGUAAAAAAUAUCAUUUACUAUCGAGUUUUGAUUGCUGUAAAAUAUUCUAAUUCGAUCGUAUCUCUUUGCUGGCUCUAAAUUUAUAGACGAUGAAUUAAGUUUAUUACGCUGAAUUAUGUUGAUUAGUAGGGAUCGGUGCCCGAGCAAUCGACCCUCGAUAUCGAAGAGAAGUCCGGUCUGGUCUCCAUUCACGAGCCCGAGUGGAACGCAGGAAUGGGAUCCGCUGGUGCGGAGGCUAAACCCUACCUCCCAAGUCCCGACCCGAGAAACGAGGGGUGCGUCCCGCGCGACUUCCUCCACCGACAGCUUACGAACACGAAGAGAAGAUGUUGGUGGGUGGCGUUUCGAGGCGAUGGGUCGCUUCCGUGGUGCGAUCCGCUGGCGCUUGUCGCUGCGCUUCCGCCUCCCCUGCUUCGCAACUCUUUGCCUUCUAUUCUCAGGAAAAUAUGCUGCACACUCACAGGGAGUUGAUAAGAUCUCACAAUUGGACAUUAAAGCCUCAGAUCACAUGAAAUAUACCUUUAUUAAGGUCCUUGAUGACCAUGGGCCAGCAGGAGUUGUCUUCUGGACAGGAGGGUUCUGUUGCCUCCCAUGAAACAAGCCAGCCUCAACGCAUCAAAUUUAAAAGGCUUGACAAAACUGCAAAGCAUAUUAUGAAUAUUUUAGAUAACGAAGCAGUGGACAAAGUGCAAACUGAGAGAGAAAUUCCUGACAUAAGACCUGGGUAUAUCAUCGAGCUGAAAGUGGAGGUGCCUGAGAACAAGUGUCGAACAUCCAUCAUAAAAGGCAUCAUCAUAGCAAGGCGGAAUGCAGGUCUGAAUACCACAUUUAGAUUGCGUAGAUUGGCAGCUGGCGUUGGGGUUGAAUCCGUCUUCCCUUUAUACUCUCCGAACAUCAAGGAGAUGAAAGUCGUAGACAAGAAGAAAGUGAGGAGGGCAAAGCUUUAUUACCUCAGGGACAGGAUGAAUCCACUCAAGAAAUGAUGAUCUUUUCACCAGUUUGUUGUUAUUGUACUAGUUCAUAGUCCUCAUGUUAUCGAUUGUAUCAAGCUCCAAAUUUGGUAUUUGGCAUCUGAAGAGAUGUGGGUUUACUAUUGUUCGUUUUAA